CGUCAUCACGCGCGGCCGGACGGGAGCCCUCGGGGCUUUAAAUGAGGCCUUCCUAGGCGCGCCGCAGUGAGUUCGGCAAAGCGUGUGUAGAGGGGUCGACUUUUCCCCGUGCCAGAGCUGUUUGGGACCCUGAGUUCCCCCGGUGCUCACCGUCCCCACCCCGCGCCCUCAGCCCCACUCUGAGUUGAAUGUAGAUUCUAGGAAGGAUCCCAUCCUCACUACCUUGGAGCCUUCACUGCCAGGCUGGACUCUUGUGGGCUAGAGUGAAGGAGAGUGCUAGAAAGAUGAGCUCUAGCAUGACCAUGAGUGAACCAAGGCUGAACUGGGAUAUUACACCUAAAAAUGGCCUUAAAGCAUUUUUCUCUCCAGAAAAUUAUAAAGAUCAUUCCAUGGCUCCAAGUUUAAAAGAACUGUAUAUUUUGUCUAACAGACGUAUAGGAGAAAAUUUGAAUGUCUCAGCAAGUUCUGUAGAAAAUGAGCCUGCAGUUAGUUCAGCAACUCAAGCAAAGGAAAAAGUUGGGAUGAUUCUCCUUCCAAAACCAAGAGUUCCUUAUCCUCGUUUCUCUCGGUUCUCACAGAGAGAGCAGAGGGCGUACGUGGAUUUGUUGGCUAAAUAUGCAAAGAUCCCCUCAAGUUCCAAAGCUGUUGGGACAAAUACAAAUGAAUUCCUGCAGUAUUUGGAUAUGAAAAAACAUGUGAAUGAAGAAGUUAAUGAAUUCCUAAAGUUUCUGCAGAAUUCUGCAAAGAAAUGUGCACAGGAUUAUAAUAUGCUGUCUGAUGAGGCCCGUCUCUUCACAGAGCAAAUUCUAAGAGCUUGCAUUGAGCAAGUGAAAAAAUACCCAGAAUUUUAUACUCUCCAUGAAGUCACCAGCCUGAUGGGAUUCUUUCCUUUCAAAACAGAGAUGGGGCUGAAGUUAGAAAAGACUCUUCUUGUUUUGGGCAGUGCAAAGUUUGUAAAAACAUCAUUUCCCUCGAUGCCUGUGAAGUUGCAGCUUUCAACAGAUGACAUGUCUUCCAUUGAGACCCCACAGCAGAAAGCUGAAGCUAUGCACUACGAUAUUAGUAAAGACCCGAAUGCAGAGAAGCUUGUUUCAAGAUACCGUCCGCAGAUAGCUCUGACUAGCCAAGCAUUAUUCACCUUGCUCAAUAACCAUGGACCAAGCUACAAGGAGCAGUGGGAAAUCCCAGUGUGUGUUCAGAUGAUAACUGUUGAAGGUUCCAAACCAGUUAAAGUAAUUUAUAUUAAUUCACCACUUCCCCGAAAGCAAAUGACAAUGAGAGAAAGAAAUCAACUCUUCCAUGAAGUUCCAUUAAAACAUGUACUAUCAAAAACCACAUCUGUCCCAGUCUCUGCAGUCUUUAUGGACAAACCAGAAGAGUGCACCUCUGAGAUGGAUAUACCCACUGAAGCUAAUGAGUGCCGAAAAAUUGAGACUCUGGAAAAUAUGGAUCUAGAUUUUGAUGAUGAUGUCACAGAACUUGAAACCUUUGGAGUAACUACCACUAAUUCAUCCAGGUCACCAAGUUCAGAAAGUGACUCCUCUGUACCCAUCUUGACAGAUGUCUACACAGCCCCUAAAGUAGCAGCUGCACCUGUGGUACCAGCUACACCUGAGGUACCAGCUUCACCAAACAUUACUGAGGAUUCUAGAAGUUUAUGUCAGAUGCUGAUGAAACAAUUACAGAAGGAGAAACAGCUGUUCUCUGGUGUGGAAAGUGGUCCUGAAGGGUGCAAAAAUAAAGAUGAUCAGGGACUGGAAUCAUGUCGUGAAGAGGUUCCCAGUGCCAGUGCAAAAUCUUUAGUACAAGACAAUGAAGUCCGCAAAACAUCUGAUGGAAUCUCUAAGGAAAGUGAUGUAGGUAUGCUUUGUACCAAUGAUAAAAGACCGAGUUUUCAGGGUAACCCUGACAAUGCCAACAGAACAGCUACUGCAUCAGAAACAGCUGAAACUGAGAAAGGGAUUUCUUGUGGUAGUGAUACAGAUGAAGAUUGUUUAAUCAUUGAUACAGAGAGUAAAAGUAAUAGUGACGGAAAGACAGCUGAUGUGGGUUCUAGACCAGCAAGUCCAAAUUCUUCAGCACGGGCUUCUGUGGGAAAACAGACUACUACUGUGGUUUCUGAAGAGUCUUGUGUUUUAAAGAAACCUAUCAAAAGAGUAUAUAAAAAAUUUGAUCCAGUUGGAGAAAUUCUAAAAAUGCAGGAUGAGCUUUUAAAGCCAGUUUCUAGGAAAAUGCCUGAGUUGCCCUUGAUUAAUUCAGAAGAAUCUAAACAACCAUCUGCUUCUGAGCAACCCUCUGCUACUUCAGAUGCCUCCAGCUGGCCAAAAUCCAGUUGGCCUUCUGCGUUUCAGAAGCCUAAAGGACGAUUGCCAUAUGAACUUCAAGACUAUGUUGAAGAUACAUCAGAAUAUAUAGCUCCUCAAGAAGGAAAUUUUGUGUAUAAGUUGUUCAGCCUUCAAGACCUGUUGUUACUUGUGCGGUGCAGCGUCCAGAGGAUAGAGACAAGACCACGUUCCAAAAAACGGAAGAAGAUCAGAAGACAAUUUCCAGUUUACGUGCUACCAAAAGUAGAGUAUCAAGGUUGUUAUGGAGUUGAAGCUCUGACUGAAAGCGAGCUCUGUCGCUUCUGGACUGAAAGUUUAUUGCAUUCCAACUGCUCGUUUUAUGUUGGGCAUAUUGAUGCAUUUACUUCAAAGCUUUUCAUGCUAGAAGAAAUCACCUCAGAAGAAUUAAAAGAAAAGCUUGCAGCACUCAAGAUUUCAAGUUUAUUUAACAUUCUCCAGCACGUUCUAAAGAAAUUAUGUAGCUUGCAGGAUGGGUCCUACUUGCUGUCUCACGCAGCAGAAGAUUCUUCACUCCUGAUCUACAAGACUUCAGAUGGAAAAGUUACUAGGACAGCGUAUAAUUUGCAUAAAGCGCAUUGUGACCUUCCUGGUGUACCUUCCAGUCUCUCAGUUCCUUGGGUUCCAUUAGAUCCCAGUUACCUGUUACCAUAUCACAUCCAUCAUGGACGAAUUCCGUGUACUUUUCCGCCUAAAUCACUGCGCCCUGUAGCACAACCAAAGGUUGGUGGGACAAGAAUUCCUACCCAUAGCCACAGGAAUCCAGUUUCCAUGGAAACCAAAAAUAGUUCCCUGCCAGUUCAGCAAGUUGAAAAUGAAGGAGUGGCUCAGAAUAAAAGGAAAAUAACAUAAGGCCUGGACCAUGGAAAAUGAAGUUUCAGAAAAACCAGUUGUAACUGUUUUUAAUGUUGAACUAUAAGGGGAAAUGCGCCCCCCCCCCAAAAAAAAUCAGCAAGAAGAGUGUUUCCCUUGCUAUCCUGGAGUUUUUACAAAGUGCCUUGGAAACUGACUGCAGGAAAGUCAGUGACAGCAGUAGUGUCCCUCCUCAUCUCUGCUGCAUGGAGAAUCUAGAACGCUCCAUUUGCAGAGAGGCAAACUGAAUAAGAAAAAUAUUUUUAUAGUAUUAUUUUAUAAAGAUCAUAGGUAGGAAAACCACUUGCUGUUUUAGGAACUGUCAUGUAUUAUGUUAAUAAUUUGAUUAUAUUUCCAGUCUAAUGAGACUGGCUUAAAUGUUGCCACUGUUAGAAACAGCUGUGUGCAUUGUUUACGGCCCAUUUUUGUCAGUAUUAACACUACCGUUGAUGUGUUUGAAAACCUGUUGAAAUUCCAUUGUGGACGCAGGAAGUGAAAACAAGGAAGAUCUCUGUGUCUGAAAAGUGGCAAAUUAAUAUUUUCCUACUAGGCAACCACACAUGUUUUACAAAAACACUAGCAUUCUGUGGUGCGACAGCUUUGGUGACAGUGCCUCUACAACUUUGCACAAAUUUCUUCUGAGUGUGGCGAAACACUGCCGAAAGCAAAGACAUCUGAGGGUGCAGGCAUUCCAGGGAAAGCAAGCUUAUUCAUUCCAUCAGGCAUGGGUAAAGUGCCAUUAAGUCUACAAUUUUUUCUUUUCUUUUCUUUUUGUCUCAUUUAUCCUGAUUCAUUCAGAAAGCAUCAUCAGUAGUAGGUAUGGCCAGUUUGGGUUUGAGGGAACAGACUUGUUCACUUUUUUAACCUAUUUUUUAAUAAACACUAAAAGUAUCAGAAAUGUGUUUGCCAUAUCAUAAGUAAAAUAUUUGUAAUCCAAAGACAAUUUUCAUGUUUUUUUUCAUAAAUAAAGUAUUUGUAAUCCAAA